UUUCGACCUUAAUGUGGUCAAAAUAAAUUAUUUCAAAGUCUGCUGACUGCUGCUGACCAGAUUUAAUAAUCAUAUUGAAACUAAGAAUCCUGAAGAAGAAAUAGUCGUGCGAAUCGAGACUCGCACAAACUGUUCAUUGGCUGUCACUCUUUUUAGAUUCGUUAGCAGAAGGAGAAGCAAUACAAUGAGGUUCAGGUUUUGCGGUGAUCUCGACUGUCCCGAUUGGGUCUUAUCGGAAAUCAUCACCAUGUCGAGAUUAACAUCCAUUAAGAUGAAGUUGCUGUGCCAGGUGGUGAUGGCUUCCUUGCUGGGUCACGAGCUAGAUUAUGACAAGGCUAAGAAGCUUACAUCGGAUGCAAAAUUCGAUGAGCCAGAUCUGCAAGGAGCACUGGCUGCUCUCGGCUUCAUUUUACGGUCGGCCUCUCGUUACAGCGUGGAUUCUUCGUCGCUUGACAGCGAAUUGCAACAGCUCGGCCUUCCGCGAGAGCUGGCCGCAGCAUUGGCAAAAUCUCACACGGACAAUACUGCAUCACUCUCAAAAUAUUUAAGCGAGUCUUCGCUUAGACUUUCUUCUUUGAAGAACGCAACUUGUUCAAAAGAAUCGAUAACUUUGCCAAAUAAUGAAGGCACACUGCUGGUCAACACGGUUAAAUUGAGCUAUUUGGACAGUGACCUUACAGAGAAGGAGGCUGUCUUCACGUUAUCUCAGUCUCAGCUUGAUUCCUUAUUAAAAGAUUUAAAAACUGCAAAAUAUAAGAUGGAGGAACUUUCAGCAAAAUAGCGUCUGGGAAUCUAUCAGGAAGGAAUCUACAAAAGAACACAUCUGAAUAUUUUCAAAAUACAUUUUUUUCUAUUUGUCAAUAGUUCAAUAUCACAUUGCUAAAACCUGUAAUAAAACUAUUGGAGAGUUUAAACCA